ACUUGAUAAAGACAGGGUUCAACUACAUCAAUCGGCAUGGAUGUGGCACAGCUUAUAGUCAUUGUACAGGAAUACGAAGAGCUGUACAAUACAAGACAUUCAGAGUAUUCAAAUCAACAACGAAGGGACAAUAUCUGGGAAGAGAUAGGAAGGAGAAUGAAUCAGCCAAGUUCAGCUUGUAGAAUUCAGUGGACAAGGAUUAGAGACAAUCAUCGGAAAGCCAUGAAUCUGCGCAAAACAAAAAGUGGACAAGCGAGUUCAAAAAUGAAGCCACCCAAAUAUCAUCUGGAGCUACAAUUUUUAACUCCAUAUCUUAAUGAUAGUGAACAUCGCAUGUCUAACAUUGCCCCUUCACCUGGCUAUCUGGCGGAUGAAGAAAGCGAUGGAGAACCAGAACCUACUUUUGCAGUUCCAGUUCCCACUCCUUCCCCAGCAACAAGUGAUGCACAAAGUUUAUGUUCCAACAGUUCAACACAUGGCAAGCGAAAAAAAACUUCAGGAUCUUCCACGCCACAACACACAACAGCAUUGGUUUUGGAAAAAUACCUCAAGAGCAAGGAGCUCAAAUCACCUAGUCAGUCUGACACAUUAACAAAUUUCUUCGUAAAUAUGGCUCAAACUGUAAAAACAUUUCCCCUUCAAGACCAAAUUUACAUAAAAGGACAAUUGUUUCAGAUGGUGAAUGGUACUGAAAUGCGACUGCUUCAAGAAAGGGACCAAAAUAAUCGUGUUCAUCCAAUUGAUGUGUUGCAGCAAAAUGCAACUUCAGAAGAAGACGCUACGCAACACAGUAUAAUGCAAUUACUGUAAGUGUUAAUUAUAUUUCAGCAACUUAUGUAUGCGCUUAUUACAAACUUGAAGUUAUUUUUUAGUUCAAUACCAUUAUAGAGAAUGAUACAUUUAUUUUCAAUUUUGUGUAAGAUUACAAAAUAAACGGAAAAUGUCCAUACAUUUAUUGCAUUAUUACUUUAAGUGUUAAUUAUAUUUCAGCAACUUAUGUAUGCGCUUAUUACAAACCUGUUAUUUAACCUUAUUACAAAAAGUUAUUUUUUAGUUCUAUACCAUUAUGGAGAAU